AUUUAGUAAAUCACCUUGAAAGGGCUUCAACCAACUCGCCAUAUACUUGUAUAUUAUCAGUUGAUUUAUUUACAGUUUUACUAUUUUCAAUUUCAAUUUCAAAUUCUAUAAUUCAUUACCAACCAAUUUCAAGUCCUGUUUCUAAAAUUUUGACCGGCUACCGGUUAGCUCACCCCUUUUACCAGCACCUAACCCACCGCCAACUCGGCCGACACCAAUACAAUCAACACAAGCCUCAUUUACGCGCUACUCUUUCUUCUUUAUUAUCCCUUUCAUUUCUAUUUUCUUCCCCAAAUUGAAAAAAAUGUCUUCAUUCAAUCCUUCAGCACCUCCAAUGCCAAAUCCAUCAUCUUCAUCUUCUUCCUAUAAUUCCAGUAAUUACAACUCUAAUCCCAGUAAUUAUAACCCUAAUUACAGUUACCCAGAACCAGCUCAGAGCUACCAUGUUAACCACCAAUCAUAUCCUACUCCAAAUCCCACUUCCACUCUUCUUCCUUACGGCGGCGGCGGAGGUGGUGGCGGAGCUCCAGGUUAUGGGUACAGCCCGUUUCCACCGGGUACUGACCCGGAAAUCAUUCGAAGUUUCCAGAUGGUAGACCGGGAUAAUAGCGGUUUUAUCGACGAUUCUGAGCUUCAAAACGCUCUUUCUUCUAGUUAUCAUCGGUUCAGACUUAGCACGAUUCGUCUUCUUAUCUUUUUGUUCAAGAACCCAACUGAAUUAUCUAUGAAAAUUCGUCCCGGUGAAUUUGCUGCAUUGUGGAGUUGUCUAGGUCAAUGGCGUGCAAUAUUUGAGAGAUUUGAUAGAGAUCGAAGUGGGAAAAUUGAUUUGGAGGAAUUACGGGAUGCUCUUUAUAGUCUGGGAUACGCUGUCCCUCCUUCUGUACUUCAACUUUUGAUCUCCCGUUACGACAACGGAGGUGGCCAAAGAGUUCGGCUUGAUUUUGACAGCUUUGUUGAGUGUGGAAUGGUUGUAAAGGGUUUGACGGAAAAAUUCAAAGAGAAGGAUUCAAACUACACUGGUUCUGCUACAAUCACCUAUGAUGAUUUCAUGACAAUGGUUCUUCCAUAUCUUGUAACAUACAAUUAAUUAAAUGUAACUUCAUGUUGUUGUAUUUAAUUUAUUGGAGCUUGUGAUGUAUAUGUAUUAUUUUUUUACUAGAAUCUUUGCUGUAUAUGGAGUUAGGCUAUUUUAGGGAGAUUUUCAUUAGUUUUUUUGUUGUAAAAAUGUGAAUCUGAAUAAUAAAUAUUUUGGGAGACCAUCUUGCUGUAUCA